AUGCCCAAAAAGAAAAAACGCACAAAGGAAGAACCAUUACGACGCUAUAAAUUUAAUCUACAUAGUUCGUUAUUGCAAAAGGAGGAUUUCGAUAAGAAUGCAUUGCCCAUAGUGUUCAAAGUAACGCCCGACACGCUGCUUAAUUUGUGCAUAAAAAUAGUGGAUGGAUUGCCUUUACCAUCCGUUUAUAAAUGGACGAAUAUGGAAGUCUGCAAGUGGAUACGUAAAUAUGGUUAUCCUCAAUAUAUGAAUACAUUCCGCGUUAAUCUUAUCACAGGGCAAAAGCUCUUGCUGCUCGAUGCACAAUCGCUCAGUGCAAUGAAUAUUAAAAAUUUCAGUGACAUGAAGCAUAUUGCGUACGGCAUUCGCCAACUAUUCUUCUAUGAAAUGACAAAAUAUGCGCGCAGCAUUUCAUUGCCGCCUGAAUAUUACUACGAAUUAUACAAAUUAUUUAUGGUAAAGAGUGGACCUAAAUAUGAGGUGGUGCGACGUUCUGAUCUCUGGCGGCGCAUGCAGUUGUUACGCGAAAAGAGUGCAAUUAAUUCGCACUGGGAUCUGCUGGAACGUUGGUUGGCGCGCAUGCUGGGUCAGUCCGAACUUUUCGGCGGCGUACAUCGCUAUCGGCUGUAUAAAUGCAAACCGCAGCCCCCACCACAGCCACAUAAAAUGGCUUUUCCGACACCUUGCCGUUGCAUGCCGCCUUGUUCGUGUUACUGGACUGAAAGACAUCUGGCAGCGCCGGCGGUAUUCAAAAUACUCCAAACAGAUCGCAAGCCAAGCAAAUGUGAUCUAAUUGAGUGCCGUAGAGGUUUAUAUAAAUUUGACAUGCGUUUAACAUGUUUGAAAACGAAUUUCCCUGGUAAAUAUGCCAAAGAUAUGGACGAAGUAGUGAAGAAGCGCCCAAUAUUCGCGUGUUUGAAAAAAGUAUCAAUCGAUUUGGCGGACUAA